GGGCGGAGCGUGGUGACGUCGGGCGUGCGGCGGGGCCUCGCGUGUUGCCGGCGGAGCGAGCGGCCCGGUCCGGCCCCGCAGGGCGGCGAUGGCGGCGGCCGGCGGCGCGAGUGCCCCGGUUGAGACGCCAGGCACCGCCACCACGACCACCAGCACCACCACCGGUGCCGCCGCCGCGGAGGCCGGCGCGGUGCUGCAGCGGGAGCCGCUGUACAACUGGCAGGCCACCAAGGGCUCGCUGCGGGAGCGCUUCGCCUUCCUGUUCUCCAACGAGCUCCUCAGCGACGUGCACUUCGUGGUGGGCAAGGGCAGCCCCCGCGGCGGGGGCGGGGGAGCGCCCCCCGGGCCCGGCCAGCAGCGCAUCCCCGCCCACCGCUUCGUCCUGGCGGCCGGCAGCGCCGUGUUCGACGCGAUGUUCAACGGCGGGAUGGCCACCACCUCGGCCGAGAUCGAGCUGCCCGACGUGGAGCCCGCCGCCUUCCUGGCGCUGCUCAGGUUUCUUUAUUCAGACGAGGUUCAAAUUGGUCCAGAAACAGUCAUGACUACAUUAUACACUGCGAAAAAGUAUGCAGUGCCAGCCCUGGAAGCACAUUGUGUGGACUUCCUAACGAAGCACCUCCGAGCAGAUAAUGCCUUUAUGCUACUUACUCAAGCUCGUUUGUUUGAUGAACCUCAGCUUGCUAGUCUUUGUCUUGACACAAUAGACAAAAGUACUAUGGAUGCAAUAAGUGCAGAAGGCUUUACUGAUAUUGAUAUAGACACAUUAUGUGCAGUUCUAGAAAGAGACACCCUUAGUAUUCGAGAAAGCAGACUCUUUGGAGCUGUUGUUCGCUGGGCAGAAGCAGAAUGUCAAAGGCAACAACUGCCUGUGACAUUUGGAAACAAACAGAAAGUCCUCGGGAGAGCUCUUUCCUUAAUCCGUUUUCCAUUAAUGACUAUUGAGGAGUUCGCAGCAGGGCCUGCUCAGUCAGGAAUCUUGUCAGAUCGGGAAGUGGUAAAUCUCUUUCUGCACUUUACUGUCAACCCUAAACCUAAAGUAGAUUAUAUUGACCGACCAAGAUGUUGCCUUAGAGGAAAAGAGUGCAGCAUUAACAGGUUCCAGCAAGUGGAGAGUCGCUGGGGCUACAGUGGAACCAGUGAUCGGAUUAGGUUCACAGUUAAUAGAAGAAUUUCCAUAGUGGGAUUUGGAUUAUAUGGAUCUAUUCAUGGACCCACAGACUAUCAAGUUAAUAUACAGAUAAUUGAUUAUGAGAAGAAUCAAACACUGGGACAAAACGAUACUGGAUUUAGUUGUGAUGGAACAGCCAGUACAUUUAGAGUCAUGUUCAAAGAACCCAUAGAGAUUUUGCCAACAGUUUGCUACACGGCUUGUGCAACGCUGAAAGGUCCCGAUUCCCACUAUGGAACAAAAGGUUUGAAGAAAGUAAUCCAUGAAUCUCCUACUGCUAGCAAAACGUGCUUCGUCUUUUAUAGUUCACCCGGUAACAACAAUGGUACAUCAAUAGAAGAUGGACAGAUACCAGAAAUCAUAUUUUAUACGUAAUUUCACAUGAUCAUCUCGGAUGUGUCAGUGUAUUAUUGGACUUCAGCUCACUACUGGCGGCAGUUAAAUUUUGUGAGAUGAGAUGAAUGUGCGAAUGUCUUGUUUGAGACGAACCAGAAAAGCUAUUUUCUCUGCAUCGUUAUUGGCAGAAAUUUUAAAAUGUCAAGUGGAAUAAGUACUCUGUAUAUUGAAAAAGAUUGUUUUAAAUAAUAUCUUGUGAUUAAUUGCUUUGUAUUUUCACUCCUUCAGUUCUCAUGUAGUGAAUCUAAUUGUUUGAACUGGAAAAUCCUUACUCAUUAUGAACUUCCUAUAUAUGUUUUACCCAACCUGUCCUAAAAAGACAGUAAAGCUGCUGCUGUAGCCCCAGCUUACACUUUGUCCCAAAAUGACCCUGGGCUGACCCUAUGGACAUGAAUUGCUACUGUAAUUUUUUUAAGUAUGUCAGCAAAGCUGGAUUCCUAUUGCUGUCAUCUUGACUUUUUGGACGAGCUGCGGAGAAUUAAUAGACUUAGCACUGCAGACACUGCCUGCAGCUGCGCUGAAGAGAUACUGAGUCAAAUUCAGCAAUAAACAGGCCUUUCUGGAAUUUCUCUUAAUCCAGAGGGGCUGUUUUGGAACACAGAGCUGCUUAUGCAAAUAGCUGCUGUAUAUACAUAUGUGCCUCUAAGAAAAUGUAAAAUGCAAAAAUGAGAAUAUAAGACUUAUAAUGAUUAUUAUUUUAUCAUUGGACAUUCUAAUGCUAAAAAAAUAAUAUGAACUAAAGAUUAUUUGUGUGCAUCUACUUUUACAGAUGGCAUACACUGAUCUGAUGCCAUUGAUGUAUGUAUAUAGCAUUUGGUGUUGUGCAAUGUGUGGUGUGUAGUUCUACAGACACGUAGUAGAAGUUUGUGUACAGAAUCCUGUAACCUCCCACGAAUUCUGCUGAAGUAAGAAUUUCAGAAUAUGGGAGAAGGAAAAAGCAAAACAACAAAAAGCAAAAGAACCACA